AUGAAGCCCUUCUUCUCUAUGAUUCUCUUCGUCGCCGCGGCCAUUGCGCAGAGGGCCACAAUUGGACUCCCCGCCGAGAAUCAGAAAAUCAAUUCCGGCAAGGAAGUCGUCAUCCAAGUUCAGCGUCCCAACUCUCUGAGCCCAUCCAAGGAGAUGGGCGUAGCAAUAGGCCUCUCCUCAUGUGCAUCCACACCUUGCAGAAACGCAGACGAGGUUCUCGGAACAAUUCUAUACAAUGGGCCUUUCAAACCCGAGUACCACGAGUCCAGCCUGCCCCCGUAUGAGAACUUCACGGUCACCGUGCCGGCCUCGGCUACUCUUGGCAAAAGCCAGAUCAAUAUUGCUCAUGCGGCUCUGAUUGGUGCCGGUCCUUCCGCAUUCUUGGAGUCUCUCAACCAGACUGUCUUCGUUGUCUAG